GAGAGGGUUUUGGUUUUGCGAACUAAUCGGGGAAGAAGUUGGUUGUGUAACCGAGUUGUUGUUAAGACGUAGCAGAAAGGGUGAAGAAUAUUAUUUUGGGUUUUAGCCUUUAUACUGGGCCAUUAAUGGCAAUGGCAAUGAUCUCGAUCAUAUCUCCAUCUGAUUCAACAACGUACGGUGAAAGUGCUCCAAAUCUGAUUCAACGAGACGUAAUUCCCAGUUUUACGCCAUCCUUACUCGUUGUUCGCAUUUAAGGCAUUUCUCAAAUCCUCUCUUACACUAUUUCACAAGUGACAUAAAGAAUUGACUUUGAAGAAGUACUACUAUGGUCAUCCAGUGGGUUUUAUAAUAUUGUGCAACGUAGAAAACUAACAAUAGAUUUUAGGUCUUGAGACAAUCUAAAUAUCUAAUCUAACAGUACUUUCCCAUUUCACUGCUCACAAUAUAGUUCCACAGAUAGGACAUGACUUAAGAUAAGCGCAUUAUUACGACACAAUCUUGUUACAAAUUAGUCAAAUUGAUAUUGGAAAACUUUUCCUUCACAAGUCUAAAAAUGUCUGCUCAGAAUAAGAAAGGUUCAUUGGAUGCCGAAAUUAGAGCCUUUGGAGCUCUGCGGCUAAAGUCUUCGUCAGCAUCGCCCAAAGGGGAUCGACGUUUAAACCCAAUGGAUGUUGACUUGAUAAUUAGAAAACUGCUAAGUUUUCUAUCAUUACAUGAGCUGAAAGCAGCUCGAGAAGUUAAUCGAAUCUGGAAUCAAAUUGCUUCUACAUUUUUCUACCCCUAUUGCUCAAAAGUUACACUAAGCUUCAAUGAAGACAAUUACUGGACAAAUUCAAGAAAUUAUGGCAUCAAUGAGAUGGUAGAUUUCAUACAUUUAGUGGAGAUGAGCGAAGAGUGCCCUUUUUCCAUGUUUGAUUUGGGAACAAGUGUCAUGCAACCAAGCUCACGAGAAGGGACGAUUGAAGAGUUUUUUCAAGCAUGCGGUCCUUAUAUUCAUGAAUUAACAAUUCGAGAGGAUUGUGGAAAACCAAUCUUUCGGAAGGGGAUGUCAACCAAUCUUGAUUUAGAAUCUCUGCGGAUCUUGAGAAUUCAUCUUUUGCAAGCUUGUCCAGAAAUUUUGGAUAAUUUCUUUGACUUUAUCAACACCAUUGUUCAAGCUGCUUCAAAAUUGGAUCAUAUCAUUUUAAUUAGCCAUCACGGUUUUGAUGAGGGUGAAGCAGUCAUGUGCCUUAUUCAGUCCCUUCUCCUUUGCGAUAUCACCAAAAUACGACGACUGGAAAUUGAAGCCCAAAUGAACGAAAUUCACUUGAUCACAUUAUCGGAAAUAAAUCUUUCUCUUCAACAUUUGACCGUGGAUUUUUGGGGUUCUCAUCUACCGAGUUCUAAUGGGAUGAAGAGGUUCUUGGAGAGUCAGAGUGCAACGUUGGAGACAUUUAAAUUGUCGGAUGUCGCAAUGAGCUCAUUGUGUGUAAUUGAGUUUCCUACAAUGCAACAACUGCAAACUUUGAAGAUCAAGGGGUCAAUGCUGGGUCGCAUAUCAGUGACAUUUCCUCACAUUUGCUUUGUUGACCAAUUUCCAAAGUUGAGAACACUUAGCUUUACGGAAUUAUUUGGUGAGUGGGAAGAAUUCUUGAAAACGGGAAUGAAACCAUCAAUGACUGUACAGGAGUUGAAGUUGCCCUCCGACUUUUGUGAUGCUGCGUGUUUACGAAGGGCUGCAUAUUUGUUUCCCAAUUUAAAAAAAUUGGAGGUGCCCUGUCAUCCCAUUUUGAUAACUGUGGUGUAUGAACUUAUGCCCAACUUGGAAGAGCUAUCGAUUAACACUCGAUAUGUUAGCUUGAUUGACGACAUAAUUACUGGAGUCCCACAUGAUUUGUGUGCUGAAAUAAAUCGGGAAAGGUGCUAUGAUUUCGUGAUAAAGGACCUUGAAGGAUAUCAAACCUCACGGUCAAUCGUAUGCCUAAAAAAAUUGAAAACUCUGAACUUAAAAUGCAAACGAUCCAGCGACCCUGUAGAAAUUACAGAAAUUUCAUUUUACCUGGCACUCUUUCAUAUGAAAAGCUUAAUCGCUUUGGAUUUUGGACUUCGUCCUAUGAUGCUGUCUCGAGAAUGCAUGGAGGAAAUAAAGCAAAGGUUCAGCGUCGUCAGCCUUCAUCUGCACCAAUAAGCUAAUAUAGUCGUCCUAUCUUGAGAGAAUGAUGUGUACCUGAUAAGUUAUUAGAAAUUCCUACGAUUUUUGAAAGUGCCAUGACAUGUUCAUUACAAAAAUAUCCCACCUCUGACUUUACAUCACAACCAGUCACUAAAAAUAUGUGAAAGUUAAGUAAAAGUAUUAUGAGAAAUAUUGUUCGGUCUGUAACUGUGAAAUAAAUAAAGGCUUGAACAUUUA